AUGAAGUUCACCACCUUCUUCGGCCUUGUGGCAGCCCCUGUCAUGGUCAUGGCCACCGUUGAUCCAUGCACAUCCAACACAAAGGGAUACAAGCCCGAAAGCUUGAGCUGCUCUGCCUCUGCGGUCUCGACUGCCAUCCAGGCCGCCGAGUGCUCCCACAACACUCGCGUCUCCGGAACCCAGACCUUUGCCGUCUUCGAGACUGAUCACCAGUACGAUGAUGAUACCGGUGCUCCCUACGGUACCUGCAGCGCUUACACCUGCACCGCCCCAACCAGCGAUGAGUUGGAGGAGAGCUCGGACUACUGGAUCUUCUACUGGAGCGACGAGGGAGAGGACAGCGGUGUCGGCACUGGCUGCAUCAAGGAUCCCCAGACUGGAGACUGUGGCUGUGAGGACUCUGAUGGAACCUUCAUUUCUGGCAGUGACAGCUGCACUUAA